AUGGUUCUUCAUUUAUAUGUUGACUGGUUAUCUCAGCCUUGUCGUGCCGUUGGCAUGUUACUGAUGGAGAAUAAUGUUGAACAUCAAGUACAUGACGUUAAAAUUAUGAGUGGAGAAACGCGGACCACUGAUUAUAAGAAGGUAAAUCCGGUUGGAAAAGUUCCCGCGAUUGUUGAUGAUGAUUUUCAUUUGGGCGAAUCUCAUACAAUAAUGCGUUAUAUAUGUGCAAGCAGGAAUCUACCUGAUCAUUAUUAUCCAAAUGAUAUUAAACAACGUGCUAGAGUCGACUAUUGGUUAGACUGGCAUCACAUGAAUUUACGUUUCGGAUCAAGCCGUUUAAUAAAAGCAAAUUUUUUUGGUCCUAUUCACAAAUUUCCGCAACAAACAAUCGAUGAAUCACGAAAAGAAGGUGAAGAUGUAUUAAAAUCAAGUUUAACCUUUAUGGAGGAAACUUUGGGCAAAAGUAACUAUAUUGCUGGUGGAAAUCAAUUAUCAAUUGCUGAUAUUGCAUUAGCAUCUGAAGUGGCAAUGUUGCCAAUUUCAGGAGCCUCAUGCGAAGGUUAUCCAAGCGUUCAGGCGUGGUUAAAAAGAAUUUCAACAGAAAUUAAGUCCUGGCCUCAAGUUAAUGCGACAUUAGAUCAGUUUCUUGCAUCGAAGGACAAAUAA